AUGGCCGAUCUCACACUCACCUCCUCCCCUCUCCCCUCCCCCUUCCCCUCCCCCUCCCCCUCCACAUCCACAUCAACAUCCCCAUCGUGGCACUACCCCUAUGGCCCCAGUGCCCGCUACCACAAACGAAGUCGUCCCACCUACCACACGCGCUUCAAGUCCGUAACCACGAUCCCCAUUGCGCCCAACCUGAGCACCGAACGACGCGCCGAAAGGAAGCGAGCGCAAAGCAUCGUCGCGACCGCAACUAUGGCCCCGUACGGCAGCCUGACACCACCUCUAAGCGACAGCAGUCCGAGUCCGCACCCGGUGGCACCGCGAAGACAACAACUCCACAGCUACACCUCCGCACCCAUUCCCACAAUGUCCACCCUCCCCGGUCACGCUCCCGGCCCCAUGACGCCCGCCAAACCCGUGAAUGCAUUCCACGAAGCGCACCGCCCGCAAGAUUCACCCUUCAGCGACUACUUCACCGACGAGGAAGCGCGCUCCACCACCUUCCCCUCUCCUUCUUCCCCCCCCUUCGCAAACUACCACCACUACCACCAUCACACCCACGCUCCUUCAUCCACCAUGCAGCAACUGCUCGUGCGCAUGAGUAAAGUGCAAGCCCAGAUCAUGCGCCUUGGGGAGGAGGAGCCGGAGUUUCUGAAUGUGGUGGGGAGGCGCAUGAGUGAGAUUGAGAGGGAGUGGGAUGAUCUGCAUGCGCAGACGCGCCGGCCGCCGGAGUUGGAGGAUAGUGGGUUGUUUUUGGAUGAUGAGACGCCGUUGGAGGAGGAGGAGGAGGAGGGUGAAGGGCAGCAGGAUGGGUAUUUUGGCCACGGCGGCGGUGGAGGUGAUGAAGCCAGGCCAGUUGAGCAGAAGAGGGAAGCGGUGGAGGACGAGGUAUCGGAUAUAACGCCCGAGAACAAGCAAGCAGAACAGGACUACCAGAUCCUUGAAGCUCAGCGGAUCUUGGAGAACGUGACGCGCGCCAACGAGGAACUACGCCGUCGACAUGCCGAGUUGGUCCAGCUCAACGACGCGCACGUGCUGCAGAUGGACGACAAAGAGACCGAACUCGAAACACUGCGCUCUGAGAAUGAAGCGUUGAGGUCGGAUUUGGGCUUCGAUCAUAGCGAGUUGUUGUUUCUGAAGUUAAGGCUUAAGGCGAUGGAGGUCGAGGUCGGUGGUUUGGACGAGGUGCAUCAGGAUGAGUGUGUACGUAAUGCACCAUACGCGGCCAGGGAAGGGGUGAUGAGGGUGAAGACGGGGAGGGUGUUGAGGGGAUUGGAGCAGUGGCGAAGUGAUUGGCGGGAUGUGGAUGCGAGGUUGAGGAGUAGAAGGGGAAGGUAUGGCGUGCUGUCUGCUGAGCAUCGGGACGCGAUGCUCAAGAUGGAUUUGGAAGACAAUGACGAAGGGGGUGCGGAGAGCCAAUGGCGGGUCGAGACUGUGCAAGAGGGGCAGGGGAGGGUCAGCAGCAUUACUUUGCGCCGCUUCGAUGCGGGAGACUGUUGUUCGCCGCUGAAGCAGCAGAUGGACGGUACCACCGAAGACUCGGAAGCUUCCCGUCGCCUUACCAGCAACACGAGCACUCCCCGACCGGAACCGGAUAAGCCGUCGAGCAAUUACGUGGAUAGCACAACGCAAACCGAUCCGGCUGGCUUGCGAGACGACGACGACGACGACGACGGAUAUGAUGACGACAACUUUGACUGCGCCAUCACCACCUCUCCUUCCACGCCGGAGCAGCAGCUUUCACCGGUCAUUCAGCCGUUGAUGGCACUUGGGAAGACGGCUUGGAGUGAGCUUUGGGAGGGCUUGGAGGCGGUGGCUGGUAUGGGGGAUGAGGGGAUUUGA